AUGACUCCCAAACCAGUUUCCGAAACAGAAUUACGUGAAUGGGGUAAAUGUUUAUUAAAUCCAUCCGCUACUCUAGUUGAUCGUUCACGUGCUCUUUGGGGAUUACGUCAUGCUGCUGAAUCAUUAGCACUUGAAUUGUUAGCUGAUUUUGUUUGUAAUUAUGUUAAACCAUCACCUAUCGCUAAUGAUCUAUUACAACAUGAAGCUGCUUAUUGUUUAGGACAACGUGGUGAUCCAAAAGCUGUACCAUAUCUUUUAAAUGCUCUACAUAAUGAUAAACAUGUUACACUUAUUCGUCAUGAAGCUGCUGAAGCAUUAGCUGCUUUAAGUGGAUGUGAUGGGGCAGAUAUUGAAGUAAUUGAAAAAGCUUUAAAAGAAUAUGUUAGCUCAAAUAUAACUGAGUUGGCUGAAACAUGUCAAGUUGGUUUAAAUCGUAUUGAAUGGAUUAAAAACAAGAAAACUGGACAACAUAAAGAUUCUCAAGCAUUAUAUGAUUUAGCUGCAAAAUUAUUCCCAAAUACAAUUGAUCCAGCUCAUAGUUUUACCGGUGAUCAACAAUAUACUGAUGAACAAUUACAUGACUUAUUAAUGGAUCCUAAUCAAAAUUUAUUUACACGUUAUCGUGCAAUGUUUACUUUACGUGAUCGUGUCUUACAAGCAGUUAUUGAUAAAACAUCACCAGAAAAGCCAGCUGGUCUAUUAGCUGAAGGACUGAAAGCUCCAAAUAGUGCAUUACUUAGGCAUGAAGUUGCUUUUGUUUUAGGGCAAUUAACAGUAGCUAGUACUGUUCCACAAUUGUCUACAUGUGUUCGUCAAACAAACGAACAUCCAAUGGUUAGACAUGAAGCUGCUGAAGCACUUGGUUCUAUUCUAGGUGAAUUAGAAGGGAAAUAUUUAACAAAUAAUGUGAAAGGUUCCAUACCGAAAGAAUUUGAGCAUCAAGCACGUGAAGUACUAGAAGAAUUUACAAAAGAUAAAGAGCCAGUGGUUCGUGAAAGUUGUGUACUGGCUUUGGAUAUUGCAAAUUAUAUUGCAUCACCGGAACAAUUUCAAUAUGCUGCUGUACCACAAAAUUAA